UCUUCCGUUUCCAGGGCGAUUCGGUUGGCGGGAGCAAAGCGGCAAAUUAAAACUAACAACAAACACUUUGUUUACUGGAAGAAACCCUUUCAGUAUUAUCAACUUAAGGGUUGUUUGUGCCUUUCUUUCCUUCAGAGCUCUUUGGUUUGUUAAAACACCAUGGAGACUCUCUUCAGCAAAGUGUUACAAGUUUACGUCAGGUGCAGGGACAGUGAAGAAAGGAAAGCUAAUAUCCGUGUCACCAUUGAACUGCAACAAACAUCAAAUCCAGUACACAAAAGGGAUCUUCUAGUUAAGCUAACAGAUGAUAAAGAUCCUUAUUUUCUCUUCAACCUCUUUAUAUCAGAAGAAGAUUUCCAAAGUUUGAAAGUCCAACAGGGACUUCUGAUAGACUUUGCAUCAUUUCCUCAGAAAUUUAUUGACCUACUCAAUCUGUGCCAUGGGGAACAAGAGUCAGAUAAUCCAAGGUUUCUUCUGCAGUUGUCAUGCCAGACUCAGAUGCUUGAAGGCCCUGCAAACUUCAGUGUUGUGGAAACCAACCCAUUCAAACACCUGAACCACCUGUUUUUACGGCUUGCCCAAGGAUCUGACAAAGAUGUUAAAGACUAUCUGGCAGUGUGUCUCUCUUCUCUAAAGGCAGAAAAACAGACCCUAGAGAUGAAGCUCAAAAAGACUGAAGAUGACCUAUCCAGACAGCUGAGUUAUGCUCAACAGACCCUUUCUGAGAAAACUAAAGAGUUGGACAAACUGCGUUCAGAAUGGACGAGUCAGAGCAGCUGUCUGUCCAGCCGUCAUACUCAGGAGUUGCAGUCAGAAAGGGAAAAGGCUUCAGAGUUACAGAGCCGGCUCCAGCAGCAGACGGAGCAGCUCCGCCAGGAACUGGAGACUACUCAUAAGAAGAGCAGCCAGCAGCUACACAGCAAAGUGACAGAGCUGGAAACAUCCUGCAAAGAGCUGACGGAGAGGAAAUACAAGAAUGAGUCUGUCAUCAGAGACCUGAAAAUAAAACUAGUGGGUGCAGAGGAGGAGUGCCAGCAUUCAAAGCAGCAGGUCCUGUCUCUGAGGAGGGAGAACAGCACUCUAGACACAGAGGUCCAUGAGAAGGAGCGCUUGGUGAGCCAGCUGCAGAUGAGAGUGGCUGUUCUUGAACAGGAGGUCAAAGAUAAGGAGCAGCUUAUGCGCCGCACCAAAGAAGUGCUCGAUGCCACUCAGCAGCAGAAGGAAUCAAUUGAAGAAAAUGCCGAAAGUAAAGAACUUCAUAUACGAAAACUUGAAGCUACUGUAAAGUCACUGUCUGAGGAGCUGAUAAAGGCUAAUGGUAUCAUUAAGAAGCUGCAGGGUGAAGUUCGAGGUCUAGUUGGAAAACUAAAAAUCAAAAACACAGUGACUGUGUCACAGGAGAAGGUUCUCCAGGAAACAUCAGAAAAACUUCACAAUGUUGAAAAGAGUCUCGUGAGUGCUCAGCAGCAGCUCACAACCAGGGAUGAACAGGUUUCAAAACUAAAGGAGCAGCUGGAGUCGACAAUGCAGAAGCUUAAUGAAAGCAAAGAAGUGUUAAAAACCAAUGAAAAUGUCAUAAGUUGGCUUAACAAGCAGCUAAAUGAGAAACAGCUGACCAGAAAGCCGCAGUCUACUGAUUCUUUGGAGAAUCCGUCAGUUUUAUCCACAACAACUGGACUGAAGGCCCAGUUUUAUCCCCAGUCAGUUAAGCCUGCUGUGUUUUCCCUGGGGGCUCUCGAUGUUACUCCUGCUGAACAGAAAGCAUCCAACAGACAGACUGGAGACUCUGCUGGCCUGGAUUCAAAGUACUUUGAGAGAAGAGAUGAUAGCAUACCCAUCUAUGGACUGCCCUCUAAUCUUCACAGAGAGUUUCCUCAGCGAACAAAGCCAGCAGUAGCUUCUGCUUACUUCUCAGCAUGAACAAGAAGCGGCAGCAGGUUUAAUGACCAGAGUACAGAAUGAUAUUCAUUCCAGCUCCCGGUGCUUGUUUUUAGGUAUCAAUUGUGAAAAUGUAUUUAUGUUGUAAUUUCUAUUGAUGUGUCUUUUUAGUUGUUCAAGUAAAAUUAUUUUAAUUCAUGUGUAAUAGUGAGGGUAUUGUAAUUUAAUGAUUUUUGUUUUCUCAAUGUUUACAUCCAUAAGUGUUUAUAUUGUGUUCUUGUUCUUUGUCCUAAUUCAGAAAUGACGUGUAGUUUUUAUUAAAACAUUCCUCUGCCUUUAAAUUAA